AUGUGUCAUCAGUUGUACAGAUGUUUUGCUGUAACCGUUGUUGUUUUAUAUAAUGCUGCGCAUGUUAUAUUUAUUAUACAGAGCCGCAAUAGCUUGAGCGACAUGUUGGAUUGUACAAUGCUUGAAAUCCCGCAUAUGAAUCUACUCGUUAAAGUUUUUACGCUGAACUGGCAUAUACAAAAGAUUGAUAAAAUUAAUAGAUUAUUAAAAGAUCCUAUUUUUGCGCCAAUAACAAAGAAAGACGAGGAAAUGCUUCAAGCAACUACUAGACUGAUGCAUCUUUGGAUAAAGCUGUCGAAGAUAUGCAUCACAAUGAUUACGCCUAUCUGGUUUACGUCGUUCCUCGUCAAGAGGUACCAGGAUCCGACAGCCAUUGUGUCUGCUUAUACGCCUUAUGAAACUGAUACGUGGGAGGGAUUCACAUACUCAGUAUUACAAGAAGUGCUACCUAUACUAUGGACGGGGUACGGCCACUUGGCUCUCGAUUGCCUCAUAGUAACGUAUUAUGCACAAGCGGAGGUCCAAUUGAAGAUGAUCAAGUACAAUUUAGAGCAUUUGUUCGAUGUGACGGAGGGAACUGAAUACAGGGAUUAUGGCCUAUCUGGCUUAUAUAGGGAUGUUCUUGAUGAUGGCUUGAGGAACCGAUUUAUACAUUAUGUGAGGAGAUAUGAAGCAGUUGCGUGGUAUGUGAAAGAAAUCGGCAAUGUUUUCAACACUGCCGUGUCAUUUCAAUUCUUCAGUUCGUCUGCUACUCUUUGCAUUAUUACAUACGAAAUGAGUUCCACUCCAGUCGUGUCAGUGCCAUUUGCAUUUUUAGCAAUGGUGCUCAUAAUAAUACUAAUGCAAGUAUUUAUUUACUGUUACUUCGGGAACAUGGUGCAAUGCGAGAGUGAUUCAGUAAUAACCUCAAUAUAUCUGAGUGACUGGUUGUCAGCGUCUCCACAACUCCGAAGGCUGGUUCUAAUAGCCAUGAUUCGUUGGUCCCGGAGCUUAACGCCCAGAGUCUCUGGCAUCAUACCGAUGUCUCUGGCUACUUAUGUUUCGAUUCUACGAUCUGCGUACAGCUUGUUCGCGGUUUUGAGUACAAAGUAA